AUGAUCCGUGUCGUUAUAGACUCUCUGCCCGCUGCUAUUCAUGUAUUAUUUCACCUCCGCCACGAAGCGCCGCAUCGUCGCCUUGGCGCCGUCGCCGCAGCAACUCAGGGAGGUCAGGCCCUGGAACGCCACGCUCACCUCCUCCAGCGCGUUCCGCAUCUCCUUCAUCACCAGCAUGGUGCGCUGCAUUGCCUUCUCAAACCGCUGCAGCGACUCACGAAGGAGAGUCAUGUCCCUGCACUUUGUGGGAUAACUCAGAUCCUGCUGCAUCUGCGGCGGCGGCCCACAGCGACAGGCAGAGAAAGACCGACGGCAAGCACCCGCCUACCCGGCACGCAUGCACAGCAGCAACAAAAAAUAAAAUAA